AUGGGAUAUACAGCAUUAGAUUUUGUUAUUUGUUUGAUACAAUUAACAGCAUUUAUAGCAUAUAUCAUGGUUAUUAUGUUUUUAAUAAGUUUAAUAUUUCGUAGUAAUUGUGGUACAUCAACUGAAUUUUAUAUUCAUUUUAUUGUCAAUGGUUUUAUUGAUAUUUUAACGAAUAUCUUUGAUAUUCUUAUUAGAAGAUUCCCAAAAUGGAACUUAUUUAUAAGUUUUUUUAAAUCAUAUCUUUGGAUUGGUAAUUUAUCACCAAUUAUUUAUUAUUCUACUGUAGCUAAUUGUGCACUUGGUAUCUUGAUUAUAACAUUUAAUAGAUAUGUUCAAAUGCAUUUCCCUUUAGAUUAUAAACAUUUUUGGACUAAGAAAACAACAGUAAUAAUGAUUUUAUUUCAAAUAAUUGUUCCAUAUUUAUCAUAUAUUUAUCUUGUUAAUUAUGAAGUUGUAUUAAUAUAUUCCAAUGACAAUAAUUAUUAUUAUCAUUCAAUGAAAGAUAAAACAGCAUCAACAUAUAAUUCUUUAAUUAUGUGCAUUUGGUCUGGUUUAAUAUUUAUAUUUGGAUUAAAGAUGAAUAUAAGUAAUAUUAGAAAAUAUGUACAAAUAAUAUUUAAUAAAAAAAAAGAAUCUAAAGUAUCAACAUCAAAAAUAUUUCUUUAUUCAAUGUAUUGUUUUGUAAUAUCAAUAAGUUUAUUAUUGGUAUUUUUAAAUUCGUGUUAUAAAUUGUAUGCUGUAAUUAUUAAUGAUAAAUUAUCAAAAGAAGAAGCAAGUAAUAAUUAUGAAUGGAUAAUUCUUUUAAUGACAUGUUGUCAUCCAUUUUUAAUAUUAAGUUUAAGUAAAGAACUUAGAACAAAAUUUUUGACAUUUUAUUCAAUAUCUCAACCUUCUCGGGUUUCAUCUGUACCAUUUACUAUAAAUGUUAGAUGGAGAAAAUCUAUUAACAGAACCGUAAUUCAAUGA